CAGGUGAUGUCGGCACCUAUUCUUGUUAAGAACUUGAAACAACAACUGGACCGGCUCUUCAGUCAGCUAGCAGAUCUAGAAGAAUGCAGGCUACUCAAGCUGCUAUCAGCAACGCGUUUAAAACUCCGGAAGUCAUGAGACUAUUCGCUAAACAAGAACCUGCCCAGCUCAGAACACUACUCACACAGCUAGACCGAGAUGUAGUAUUAGGAAAGAGAACAGCAGAGGAAAGUAAACAGGAUAAGAUAGAGAUACUUACAGCUCUCAAGAAACUGGGUCAACAGAUCAGCAAUGAUGAAGAGUUGUUUUUGCAAAGCUCUGUGAAUCUUCAAACAGUCUCCUCAGGAGAAGUUGUCGGAGAUCACGUUCUGGGCCUGGUGCAGAACAAAUAAUAAAUCUUUACAACUUGUGGAUCCCAGUAUGCAGUACGAUUUUGAUAAAAGUUGGACAGAAUUUGCUGAUAUUUGAUAUUAUCGUAGAUUGUGUCUAUUGACUGGUGACAGCAACGAAUUUUUCUGACUAAAUUUAUUCUUAACUUUCAAUUUUUCUUCGAUCAAUUUUAUUCUUGACUUUCAGUUUAGUUCUUCAA